AAUGCACCGCGACAGUGGCCUUUUUAUUCAGUCGCUCCCUAACACAGCCAUGGAGAGAACAGGCAGCUCUUCGUCUCACUUAAACAGUUGCCGAGGUUGAGCGUGAGGUGAUGAGUAAGCGAAGUGGGGAAUUUAUAGCAAGCAACGACCUGCCGCUGACUGAUGUCCCGACUUUGAAAACUCCAAAAAAGAGCACCUCUGCCUAUCUCCGUUCCAGCAGCACUUUUCUGGAAACAUGCAUCCAGAAAAUAAAUUCCAAAUGUGGACAUUUCAUUGAUAUUAUUGUGAUGGAAAAUCUAAUCUUUGGCUACUGUUAUUUAAUUUUGUUAAAAGAAAUGAAGUUUUUUUUUAAGAAUUUUCAAAACUGAGUAAUGAAGCUGUAAGAAUGAUAAACCAUUUGGUUUGAACCACUGGAGCACCUCUGAUUGUAUACAAAAACCCUGAAGUACGUUGAAGUCUGACUUUAAGUAGUAAAGUUGUGCUUUGUGUUCCAUUUUUUUUAAAUUCCAAAGAAGAGUUUUCCACCAUGGCAACUUACCCUACUUAAUUCUGUUUAUGCAUGUCUUUGCAUAUGGCUGCGUGUAUGUAUAUGUUUGCACGUAUACACACACAAAUAGUAAAUGACUAAGAAUACCAUGCUUCGUGCUGGGAAUGGCUCUGGGAGUAGCGGGCAGCAAUGGGUGCUACGCUGGUCUAACCGUAUCCGCUUGACUUGGUUGAGUUUUACUUUGUUUAUUAUUCUUGUCUUCUUCCCGUUGAUUGCCCACUAUUAUCUUACUACAAUUGAUGAAACGGAGGACGUUGGAAAGCGAAUAUUUGGCCCCCGGCCUGGCAGUGAACUUUGUGAAGUGAAGCAUGUGCAGGAUCUUUGCAGAAUCCGUGAGUCUGUAAGUGAAGAACUUCUUCAGUUGGAGGCAAAACGCCAAGAACUCAAUGGGGAGAUUGCUCGGCUUAACCUUAAGAUUGAAGCUUGCAAAAAGAGUAUUGACAGUGCCAAACAAGACCUGCUGCAGCUCAAAAAUGUCAUUAGCCAGACAGAGCACUCUUACAAGGAGCUCAUUGCACAAAACCAGCCAAAACUCUCUUUGCCUGUACGUUUGCUUCCUGAUAAAGAUGAUGUGGGACUUCCUAUGCCAAAGUCACCUCACUCGUGCAAAUUGCAUUCUUGCUUUGACUACUCCCGUUGCUCAUUGACUUCAGGGUUCCCAGUCUAUGUUUAUGACCCGGAUAGCUAUUCUUGGGGUGCUGCUAUUGAUACACUAGUCAAACAGUCUUUUUUGGCAUCUGCAAAAAGUAGCAUCUAUGUCACCGAUGAUCCAGCCAUUGCUUGCAUUUACAUUGUUCUAGUUGGAGAAGUACAGGAGAAUUCCUUAAGCAGAUCUCCUGAAGACUUAGAGAAGCAGCUUCACUCUCUACCUUAUUGGAGAUCUGAUGGACACAAUCAUUUGUUGGUUCACUUGUCCCGUAAAUCUAUGACACAGAAUUACCUCUAUAAUGUUAGCACAGGGAGAGCAGUUAUGGCACAGUCCACGUUUUUUGAGAAACAAUAUCGACUUGGGUUUGAUCUUGUCAUCUCGCCAUUGGUCCAUGCACUGUCUGAACCCAACUUUCUUGAGUUGCCAUCACAGGUGCCAGUGAAAAGGAAAUACCUGUUCACCUUCCAAGGAGAGAAGGUAGAAUCACUCAAGAACAGUUUACAGGAAGCUCCGCCACGGUCUUUUGAAGAGGAAAUGGAAGGAGACCCCCCAGCUGAUUAUGAUGAUCGAAUCAUUGGAACUCUAAAAUCUGUUCAAGACAGUCAUCUUGAUCAAGUUCUUGUGGAAUUCACAUGUAAAAACCAUCCAAGGCAAAGCAUUUCUACAGAAUGGGCUUUAUGUGGGGAGCGUGAAGAACGGCUUGAACUUUUAAAGGCUUCCACUUUUGCUUUAGUGAUAGGUCCUGGUGACAGUCGCUUGGUGGCCUCCACAAGCAGUAGCAUGAGACUUUUUGAAUCUCUAGAGGCAGGAGCCAUUCCUGUGAUUCUUGGCGACCAGGUUCGUCUACCAUAUCAUGACUUCAUUAGUUGGAGUGAGGCGGCCAUUAUUAUCCCAAAGCCACGUAUCACAGAAGUACAUUUUCUUUUACGUAGCAUUUCUGACAACGAUGUGUUAGCUAUGCGGCGUCAGGGACGUUUUCUUUGGGAAACCUACUUCUCAACAGCAGAGUCUGUUUUCGGGACUAUUUUGGCUGCUUUUCGAACACGUAUCCAGAUUCCUGCUGCACCCAUUUCUGAAGAGUCAGCCCAAGAAAUCCCCCAUAAAUCUGGUAAGGCUGCUGGAACAGAUCCUAACAUUGCAGAUAACGGAGACUUGGACCUUGGUCCAGUAGAGACAGAGCCACCUUAUUCUUCCCCUCGUUAUCUUCGCAAUUUCACCUUUACAGCGGCAGAUAUUUACCGUGCUUGGAAUCACCCUCCAGGUCCUUUUCAUCUUUUUCCAUAUACUCCAUUGGACCCCGUACUGCCCUCUGAAGCCAAGUUUCUUGGAUCAGGAACAGGAUUUCGGCCCAUUGGAGGAGGUGCAGGUGGUUCUGGGAAAGAGUUUCAGGCUGCUCUUGGGGGUAACGUGCCACGGGAGCAAUUUACGGUGGUGAUACUGACUUAUGAAAGGGAAGAAGUGCUGAUGAAUUCGCUGGAGCGUCUUAAUGGACUUCCAUAUCUCAAUAAGGUGGUAGUUGUGUGGAAUUCCCCAAAACCACCAUCCGAAGACUUGUUGUGGCCUGAUAUUGGAGUUCCUGUCGUGGUAGUACAAACUGAAAAAAACAGUUUGAACAAUCGAUUCCUUCCUUGGGAUGCUAUUGAGACUGAAGCAAUCUUGUCAAUUGACGAUGAUGCACAUCUCCGCCAUGAUGAAAUCAUGUUUGGAUUUCGAGUUUGGCGGGAAGCCAGAGACCGAAUAGUUGGAUUUCCUGGAAGGUAUCACGCAUGGGAUGCAAGCCACCAGUCUUGGCUAUACAACUCAAACUAUUCAUGUGAGCUGUCAAUGGUGCUCACGGGGGCGGCCUUUUUCCACAAGUACUAUGCAUACUUGUAUUCUUACGUGAUGCCUCAAGCUAUACGUGACAUGGUCGACGAAUACAUCAAUUGUGAAGACAUCGCUAUGAACUUUUUGGUUUCUCACAUAACCAGGAAACCGCCAAUCAAGGUGACCUCUCGUUGGACCUUUCGCUGCCCGGGAUGUCCACAGGCACUCUCUCAUGAUGAUUCACACUUCCACGAACGGCACAAGUGCAUUAAUUUUUUUGUUAAGGUAUACGGUUACAUGCCACUGCUGUACACUCAGUUUCGAGUGGACUCUGUUCUGUUUAAAACACGGUUACCACACGACAAGACAAAAUGCUUUAAGUUCAUAUAGGGAGGCCCACCAAGGGAAAGGCCCGGCCCAGCCUGAUGACAGAGGAGGGGGCUUUGAUUUGCCAGCAGUCUAAAACUUUGGGACCACUCGGUAAUUUAGCCUGAUGGAGGUUUAGCAGGCUUUGGCAACAAGAACACAUUCCUCCUCUGGACAAAGUGGGAAAACCAAGGAAUCUACUGGAGUUAAUUCUGUUAAUUUAUUUGUUUUAUCUGCUUUUAUAAUAAAUACGGUUACCUAAUAGGAAACUAAAAUGUACUGAAA